UGCUCCUAGUUUGGCUGCGAUCCCGCUCACAGACUGUCCCCAGCCGGUGCGACCUACGGGCGGGUAGUUGCUGGGUACGAUGGCUUCGCCAUUCGUGGCUCCGGUCACGCGGCAAGUCAGCGGUCGCGCCGCUCCAGCCUCAAUUCCAAGCGGCCCCGAGAGCGGGCAGCCCCUGGCCGCAACCGUGGCCGAGAUGCCCGUGCUGGACGCCUCCGGGAGGCGGGUGCUGUUCGGCUCGCUGUUCCGAGAGCGACGGGCUGUCGUGGUCUUUGUGCGGCAUUUCCUGUGUUACAUCUGCAAGGAAUACGUAGAAGAUCUGGCCAAAAUCCCCAAGAGUUUCUUACAAGAAGCAAACGUCACUCUUAUAGUGAUUGGACAGUCAUCUUACCAUCAUAUUGAGCCUUUCUGCAAACUAACUGGGUAUUCUCACGAAAUCUAUGUUGAUCCUGAGAGAGAAAUUUAUAAAAGAUUGGGAAUGAAAAGAGGUGAAGAAAUUGCCUCUUCAGGAAAGAGCCCUCAUAUAAAAUCAAACAUACUCUCAGGAAGCAUUCGGAGCCUGUGGCGGGCAGUGACUGGCCCGCUUUUUGAUUUUCAAGGAGACCCAGCUCAGCAAGGUGGAACAGUCAUUUUAGGUCCAGGUAACAAUAUCCAUUUUAUACAUCGUGAUAGGAAUAGGUUGGAUCACAAACCCAUCAACUCUGUUUUACAGCUCGUAGGCGUUCAGCAUGUGGACUUUUCAAGCCGACCUUCAGUUAUCCAUGUGUGACAUUACAGACUGUUGUUUUCAAAUGGACCUUGGGAUGUGACCCGAAAUAUCGGAACGUAAUAUCCUUGUGCCGUGCCUAACUUGUUGACUCUUCCCAGCCUUUGAGGAGUUAUGAAAACAUAGAAAGAUCAUGUACCCACCAGCUGAGUAGCAUGCUGAGAGGCAUCAGUUGUCAAAAUUGUGCUAUCCAUUUAUAAUUUUAUAACUUUGAAAGGCUUGUUUUAUAAAAACAUUUUUGUAAAAAAAAU